AUGCAAAUGAUGUCACAACGAUUCACUCAAGGUUUUGAUGCCAGAGAGGAAAGCAUACAGUCGGCGCUAGAAUCUAUAAAUGCACGUUUAAAUGCUCCACACCAGAUCAAGAGUAGAAUCACUGAAAUUUCGGAAACACUCCGUGUCAAUGACGCCACGUUGCGGUCUUCUGCCUCCAAAGAUACCGGCUUCAUUGAUGAAGCAGAUGCCUUGAGUCUCAAAAAGUACCUUGAUAGAUGCCAAGAUGGUCUAGAAAGUCUAGUAGCCGUGUUAAAUAGUAAUCUAGAGGACAUUCAACUGCUAGCGGCGGUUAUUGAUUCGUAG